AAACACAGAAGGUACAAGGUAGAUAACAGAAGAAAAUACAUGAGUGCACAAAAUAACCAAAUGAACAAAUACAACACUACACUAGUCAUGGAUGGCAACGACCAAACAAACAGGACAAUACGAUACAAAAAUGACUUCAAGAACUAGACUUUCUAUAAAUACCACCUCUAUCCACUGCCCCUUCAAUCAAGCCUUCCUCUCCCUCUAGGUGGGUGAGUGUGAUUUUGUCCAGAACAGCCUAUUGUCUAUUGGGUUCUUGCCGUUUCUUCCUCAAUAGUUUUUGUUAUUCUCCUCUCAUUUCCUUGUUCCUUUUCAACAGAGAAGGCCUUUCAGGAAUUUGAAAAUGGCUAGAAUUCCCAUCUUCUUGGUGGGGCUUGUUCUCUUAUGGGGAGCCAUAGCAGAAGCAGAAUACAUGAGAUACAAAGAUCCUAAACAACCCUUAAAUCUUCGGAUAAAGGACUUAAUGAAAAAGAUGACAUUAGAGGAAAAAAUUGGCCAGAUGACACAGAUCGAACGCAGUGUUGCAUCCACUGAAGUGAUGAAGAAAUAUUUUAUUGGGAGUGUACUGAGCGGAGGAGGGAGUGUUCCAGCUAAACAGGCUUCUGCAGAAACUUGGAUAAAAAUGGUGAAUGAUUUUCAGAAAGGUUCUUUAUCAACCAGACUUGGAAUUCCUAUGAUUUAUGGGAUUGAUGCUGUUCAUGGCCACAACAAUGUCUACAACGCUACAAUCUUUCCUCACAAUAUUGGGCUGGGAGCCACCAGGGACCCUGAACUUGUUAAGCGGAUUGGGGCUGCAACUGCACUUGAAGUCAGAGCUACAGGCAUUCCUUAUGUUUUUGCACCUUGUAUCGCGGUCUGUAGAGAUCCAAGAUGGGGUCGAUGCUAUGAGAGUUACAGUGAAGAUCCUAAGAUUGUUCAAGCAAUGACUGAGAUAGUACCCGGAUUACAAGGAGACAUCCCUUCUGGCUCUCCAAAGGGUGUUCCUUUCCUUGCUGGAAAAACAAAAGUUGCAGCUUGCGCCAAGCACUAUGUCGGUGAUGGAGGAACGACAGAUGGGAUUAAUGAGAAUAAUACAGUGAUAAGCAGACAUGGGUUGCUUAGCAUCCACAUGCCAGGUUACUAUAACUCAAUCAUUAAGGGGGUGUCAACUGUUAUGGUCUCCUACUCUAGCUGGAACGGAAUUAAGAUGCAUGCGAACCGUGACAUGGUCACUGGCUUUCUCAAGAACACUCUUCGCUUCAGGGGGUUUGUCAUUUCAGAUUGGCAGGGUAUUGACAGAAUCACCUUCCCGCCCCAUGCUAACUACACAUAUUCCGUCCUAGCAGGAAUUAGUGCUGGAAUCGACAUGAUCAUGGUUCCAUACAACUACACAGAAUUUAUCGAUGGUCUGACAUACCUGGUGAAGAGUGGCAUUAUUCCUAUGAGCCGAAUUGAUGAUGCAGUAAAGAGAAUUUUGCGAGUUAAGUUCGUGAUGGGUCUGUUUGAGAACCCAAAUGCAGAUGAGAGUCUGGUGAACCAGCUUGGAAGUUAUGAGCAUAGACAACUGGCUAGAGAAGCUGUGAGGAAAUCACUUGUGCUAUUAAGGAAUGGUAAAUAUGCUGAUAAGCCAUCGUUACCCCUUCCCAAGAAAGCUUCGAAAAUACUCGUUGCUGGCAGUCAUGCAGACAAUCUUGGUUAUCAGUGUGGUGGAUGGACAAUUGAGUGGCAAGGACUUGGUGGCAACGACCUCACAAGUGGUACUACAAUACUUACAGCCAUUAAAAAUACUGUUGAUUCAAGCACAAAAGUUGUCUACGAGGAAAACCCUGAUGCAGACUUUGUGAAGGCCAACAAUUUCUCAUAUGCCAUUGUUGUAGUGGGAGAACACCCAUAUGCAGAAACACAGGGCGACAGCAUGAACCUGACAAUUGCUGAACCCGGCCCAAGCACCAUCCAGAAUGUCUGCGGAGCAGUGAAAUGCGUUGUUGUAGUUGUCUCAGGACGUCCUGUCGUAAUCCAACCAUAUGUCAACAUAAUAGAUGCCCUUGUUGCUGCAUGGCUUCCUGGAACUGAAGGACAGGGUGUUGCUGAUGUUCUAUUUGGUGACUACGGUUUUACAGGCAAGCUUUCGCAUACCUGGUUCAAGACUGUUGAUCAGCUGCCUAUGAAUGUUGGAGACAGAUACUACGACCCACUUUUCCCUUUUGGAUUUGGCCUCACUACUGAACCUGUCAAGGCCUAGAUGCCCUUUUAUGAAUUGAAGAGAUGCAACAUAUGUAUUAGCUCAAAUAAGACAUUGUAGUUUCAUCGGAUUUGUAAUCAAUAUUAAUUCAUUUUCUGAGUAAACAAAGACCAGUAUGAUUAAUGCAUACCUUCUACCUAAAA